CGUACCGCGCGUGCCGAGCAGGCCGCGGUGCCGGGACCGCGGCGAUGCUGGAGGAGGCGGGCGAGGUGCUGGAGUCGGUGCUCAAGGCCUCGUGCCUCCCGCUCAGCGUCCUGCUCUUCGUGCCCGCCGUGCUCCUGCUUCUGGGCCCGCCGCCCGCCGCCGAGGCCGCGCACGCGUUUACGGUCUACCGCAUGCAGCAGUACGAGCUGGGCGGGCAGCCCUACGGCACCAGGAGCGCAGUGCUCAACACAGAAGCACGCACAGUAGAGGCGGAUGUCCUGAGCCGCCGCUGCGUCAUGAUGCGGCUGGUGGAUUUCUCCUACGAGCAGUACCAGAAGGCUCUCCGCCAGUCAGCUGGGGCUGUGGUCAUCAUCUUGCCACGAUCUAUCUCUUCUGUUCCACAGGAUGUUGUAAGGCAAUUCAUGGAGAUAGAGCCAGAAAUGCUUGCUAUGGAAACCAUUGUGCCAGUCUACUUUGCAGUGGAAGAUGAAGAGCUGCUGUCUAUCUAUGAACAAACACGGGCUGCUUCUGCAUCACAGGGUUCUGCCUCAGCUGCAGAAGUUCUGCUGCACACGGCAACUGCCAAUGGCUUCCAGAUGGUGACCAGUGGGGCCCAAAGCAAAGCUAUCAAUGACUGGCUUAUACCCAGUGUGGAGGGAAGGCUAACAGGGCUGGGUGGAGAAGACCUGCCCACAGUUGUGAUAGUUGCCCACUAUGAUUCUUUUGGAGUGGCUCCAUGGCUGUCACACGGUGCUGACUCCAAUGGCAGUGGUACCUCAGUGCUUCUGGAACUGGCCAGGCUGUUUUCCCGGCUCUACACCUACAGACGUACCCAUGCUGGGUAUAACUUGCUGUUCUUUGCAUCUGGAGGUGGCAAGUUUAAUUAUCAAGGAACUAAGCGGUGGCUGGAAGACAAUUUGGACCACACUGAUUCCAGCCUGCUGCAGGACAACGUAGCAUUUGUUCUCUGCCUUGAUACUCUGGGCAGAGGCAAUAGCCUUCAUCUCCAUGUCUCAAAGCCUCCCAAGGAGGGGACCUUGCAGCAUGCAUUUCUGAGAGAACUGGAGAUGGUUGUUGCCAGCCAGUUCCCAGAGGUGAAGUUUUCCAUGGUGCACAAGAAGAUUAACUUGGCUGAGGACAUGCUGGCAUGGGAGCACGAGCGGUUUGCGAUCCGACGCUUGCCAGCAUUCACCAUCUCCCACCUGGAGAGCCACCGUGACAGCCUCCGCAACAGCAUCAUGGACAGGAGGGCACGGAUAGACACUAAAGCACUGAUCAGGAAUACUAGGAUCAUUGCUGAAGCUUUGACAAGGGUCAUCUACAAUUUAACAGACAAGGGAGCACCUGCAGAUAUGCAGAUCUUCACAGAUCAGAUGCAGAUCCAGCAGGAGCAACUGGAGUCAGUGAUGGACUGGCUGAGCAGUCAACCCAGGGCUGCCCAGCUGAUUGAUAAAGACAGCACCUUCCUCAACACCUUAGAAUAUUAUAUGGGACGCUACCUGAAGGAUGUCAAGCAGCAUCAUGUAAAGGCAGACAAACGGGAUCCUGAGUUUGUUUUCUAUGACCAGCUGAAACAGGUGAUGAAUGCAUACAGGGUCAAGCCAGCAAUCUUUGACCUGCUUCUAGCUGUCUGUAUUGCAGCCUACUUGGGCGUUGCCUAUGUUGCAGUGCAGCACUUUGGUCUCCUUUACAAGAUGAUACAGAGAUUAUCCCUUAAAACCAAGCAGCAGUGAAGCAACAAGUCAUCACCCACCCAGCAGCACAGCCAUCGGUGAGCCCAUCGGAAACCUUCUGCCUUCCAUUGAACCCUGCUAUUUCUCUUCCUCUUUGCUACUGUACAGAGGGGAGGAAGGCAUAAAGAAAAUGAAAUUUUAACUCUUGUGCACCUUUUAAGUGCUUUUCUUCACCUUCUUCCCCUGACUUGCACCGUGUCUGUUUUCCUUUGCAUUUUGGUGAGAGAGAGGCUCAGAGACUCCACCAAUUCCUGCAGUCUUAUUCUGGGCAGCUUCUAUGAGUGUAAAACAAAGUCCAUCACCUUCAUGGACAUGUGUCAUACAGCCAACUUGGAAACCGAAACUACAGAGUGACGUGUUAUCUCUGCCCAGCAGACAAGGACUCGGAGCAGUUGUUUAAAAUUAAAGUGAAUGCAAUUAGCAUGUUUUCUUAUGGUACCUCUUCCUUAAAUUCACUGCCUGGCUUUAGUGAGGUAUGCUGAGCAAGCAAGCAAGCACCUUUUUGCAUUUUGUUUAGACUGCAGUAACUCAUGCCCUUUUAGGAGGUGCACUGUGAGUGAUCCUGACUGUUAUUGCCAGGACGAGGAAAGAUUGCUGAGAUGAGUUUCUGGUAUUAGGGUUCUUGCCAGGACAGGUUCUCUCCCAUCUGUGUUGGAGGAUGCAUUUUGCUGUGUACUUGGUUACUCUGGAAGUUUAUGGUCUUUGGACAGUUCACGGCUGCCACCACUCUGUGCUAAACUCUUGCUUGAUCUUUGGGGGGUGUUCUGUUGUCCCAACUGCUGCAGGAUUGUGUUCUGCGCUGUUCCAUGUACUUAAACAAGCUGGUUGCAUCAAGAGCAAGAGCAGCCCAGACCUGGAAAAUAUAUCAAGAUACUGACUACAAGUCCUAGACUAGUUGUAGUUCUAGAAGAUAACCUGAUGGAGUAUUGUUCCUGCCACCGUGCAGGGUUUGAGUCCUCCCUCUGAUCUGUCCUAUGUACAUGACGUCUUUUCACAAGCCACAGUGGAUACCUUUUUUUUUUUUUUUAUUCUUUACACUACUACUUAUAAUUAAAAUAGUGUAUUUUACAGGGGCUGAAAGGCUAUUGUGGGUUUGAAUGAAGGUAUACCUCUUUUUUUUUGUAUGCAUGGAAAAGUCAAGCUGUGCAUUCUUGUCUGCACACAGCUGCUGUGCACGUGCUUGUUAAAAAACGGGUUGUUGUGACCGGUCACUGGCCUUGUCCUUUGGAUGGGCACCAAAGCACUGAUUUCCAUGCAUCUUUCUUUGUUUCACCAUAGUCUCCUUCUUGGAGUACCCUUACCCCAUGAUGUGCUUUCUGCUACUUUAAAUGUGUAGCAACUUGUUUUUUAAAGGAUCUUGUCUUUUCCAGGACAGAUGCUGGUGUCAGCAGCUCACCAUCAUAUCACCAGGUGACAUGGUGCCAAGCACUCCUGAAAUAUCAGCCCUACAAGGGAAACCUGCCUUUUCCUGAUCUUUGAGUGCUUAUUUGAAAUAUGUCUCUCUGCAUGCAUGAAGUGUUCAUGACACUCCUUUGCCAAAUGAAUUUAUAAUGACUUCAGAAGUUGCUGAAGUGCCUGAAAGACACUUGAUUGUUUUCCACUGGCUUUUGUUCUGUGCCCAUAGACAUUACAAUAUGUGCCAUGGGAAGGUGCAUUCUCUGUGCUGGGUAGGUUUAGAACAUGCAUGGUACAGUGGUUGUCUGAAGAACUCUGUAGGCUCUGAGUGUCUGGAAGUAGUUUCAAAGUCCUCCAGCUGCAUCAUACAUUUCUAGUGUGUUAAACUUAGGGAGGUGGUGUUCCCUCCAAUCCAGCAGAUUACUUAACCAGUCCUAAUUAUUCACUCUGUUACUUUGCUGAGAAAAAUAGAAAAAAUUAUUAGCAAUCCUGCUACAGCUUGAGUUGAUGAAUAUAAAAUUUGCCAGCAGUGGGCAAGAGUGAACAGAACAGGCCCGGAACAUUAUUCAUUGCAGUGGAGACUGUCAGCCCUCAGUCUUCCAGAUGAGAAGCUCAAAGUUCAGAGUCAAAAACUUCCACCACAAGGCAACCCAAGUGUAGUUGCAGUUGUGUCCCCGUCAAUGCUGUAGCACUAAAGAAAACACUUUAGCUGCAUGUGGUCUCAACAAUGAACUGUUAACACUCCUGAUGCAGUGCCAACAACUUAAAAGAAAGAUGGAUAAGAUUUAUGAGUUUAUAAACCUGAAGGGCAGUUGGGACAAUAUAUCGCUCUCUCCCACACAAGGUUAAUUUGUCCCAUAAUUCUUUUGGAUGCAUUUUGUGUUUCUCUAGCUGCCUGCCUUAGCAAGUAGUUUUUACUACAGAUGAGAGUUUUUGAUCAAAGUGCAUGUGUGCUGAAACAUAUAUGCUCAAAUCUGAGAUAAACAAAUUCGAACUUUCUCAUGGCUGGAACACAGUGCCCAUCCUGGGAUUGAAUUUAGUUCCCACAUUGCUAUUUCCACAUUGUUGUUUUCUUUGGUAAGUUAACAGAGAAGCUUGCAAAUAGACUCUGGUGCUGAUCCACACUGCAGCAUAUCUGAUCAAUUCUGACACCAACACAGCACACAAAGGCAGAAAUUCAACAGGUGUCAUGAUAAAAUAAAAGUUCUCCACAACACUGCAGAAGAGCUCUGUGUAGCUGAUUCUUGUUGCCCUUAUUUUUACCUAUCUUUCUCUUGUGAGGAGUUUGCCUGGCCUAUAGGUAAGAACAUGGAAAGCAUAUGUGCACAUAUACACAAGUGGCUAGCAGCUGAUGCUUCUAGCCAGAAAACCAUUUUCUUUGCUAUUUGUCUGACUUUACCUUUAGCUGUCAAAGUCUGCAGCUCACAAAAAAAUGGUUUUCUAGCGGGGUUUAACUGAAGUUGUUAAUGCCUUCUGUCUACUCCCACUUUCAUGAGCACUAGUGGGGAUUUUAUGCAAGUAGUUUGGACUAUCGUAGUUUAUCUCCCACAUAAGAGAGGUUCAUUUAUUGUUAGGAGAUAAGUAAUGCUGUGCAAUAUGAACUCCAUUCUUAUACUCAGUGCAGAGAAGAUCCUGAAACCAAAAUGGAAUUGGGUAUCUCGCUAUCUGCGGCUGAAAGAGUCACCAUAAUCUAUUAGAUGUUCAAAACCACAGCUAUCCAAAAUUGUUGUGGGGCUUGGUUUUGAGAGUUUUUGUUUGUUUUAAAUCUUGCACUCUCAUAUUGUUCAUAGCACAAGCUCAAAUCCCAAGCUUCUCCUGCUCCCUGUGGCCAAGCUGGGUUUUACAUUUCAGAGCCAUUCAGUCUUGACUCACUGAUCUGAAAUGAUGGGGCUGCUACUAUAUGUCUCAGUAAAUUAGGCCUCUGGGUGCUUGGGUGUGGGUUCCUGCUUGCUCACUUUGAUCUGUUUAGUUUCCAUUUGUAGUUAUCGCAUAGCAACUUCAAGGUUAUAAUCUGGAAUAUUUGCAGCUCAGGAAAAAGAUUUGAUUUAUCUAGCAAUGUUAACUCAAUUAUUUAUCUCUUGUGUGCCCUAAAGAACAAAUGUAUAUUGAGGUGAAUAUUUAAAAGCUAAUAGAAAAUUCACUGCAGUUGAUUUACAUAUUUUUUGGACCAUAAAUGUAAUAAUAUUUAAGUAUUUUAACUUUUUUCAUUUUCUUAUUUGUUUGUCUCUUUUCCCUUGGAAAAAUAAAGUGAGUGAGUAGGUUUGAUGGA